AUGACGGACCCAAAAGUCCUACAAUCUCAGGGCCACAUGUUAGUCGACAACCCAGUUGGAGCUCAAGCAAGGGCUCUCGAUAUGCCCCUCUUGUUCGAGCUGACUCAAGGAGAAGUUGCUGAAAGCAUUGGCGUGGACCGAGCCACAGAAAAGGACAUGGAAGGGGAAGACGAUCUCCUCUGUGAGUAUUCGAGUUCAAGCGACUCUCGAGCAGGCAAGCUUCGAGCCAAACGACCCGGCCUCAUUCGUCAAGGUGCUAUAUUACCUGGCAUCCCGACUUUCCUCCUCGCCGGAGCUGCCAUACAAAGGAGACUUUCGAAAUUCGACAGACUUGUGUCUAUCAUGAGUUCAGCCGAAGGAGCAAGAAUCAGAGCUUCGCGCCAAGCCGAGCGGAAACCGACAAACUCAUCAAUAAGGUGA